GAUUAAAUUGAUUGAAACCAGCUGCUUCUCAGUUCUCUCAGCUUCAAUGUUCUGUCCUUUUGUGUUCCACCUGCCUUGCUGGCCCUUGUUUCUUUUCUGUCAGAUGUCAUCGAUAAUCGCUCUUUCUAGCUGAGAGGGCGACUUUCGCCUCUUCGAUAAAUGUUUCAUUUUCAACGGGCCCUGCCAUUUUAAACGUUUUGGUUAGCUUCCCCUGUUGGUUAUGUACAGCCCCGAAGAUCCUCCUAGGUACCGCUGGGCAUAUCCACAUGAUAAUGAGAGGAACCAUGUGGCAGCGAUAUUCCACCUCUUUUCUGUCAUACUCACGUCAACAGCCCUGUUUAAAAUGAACUGGUUCAAAAUUUGGGGCAGCAGCUGCACGCAUACACUCAGCCUGUACCAAUUCAUGCGCCUUGGCUAUUUUGAGACUGCCCAUUCACAACCAUUCGCGAAGAAUGGAGACGUUACGCAGAUCGUUCCUGUCUAUCUGCAGUACCAUACAGGAAAUGAAGUUUUUGACUGUGUUACACCUGAAGUUUUAAAUCUCAUGAGGGUUUUAAUAAUGCUCUGCAUUCUUUGUAUAUUUCACUCCAUGGUCGGUUUCGCACUGGACGUGAUUGGCCCAUCAAAAAUGUCUCUCCGUUUUAUAAGAAGAAAUGCUUUGCCUUCUAUUUGGUCAGUUUUGACUGUUGUGACAAUAGUGGGAGUAUGUUAUUUAGUUACAAGAUCUUUAGAUUAUUCAAUGAGAACCAUGUACCCGACAAAUAUUGGGAUGGUAACAUAUGAGAAUGGUUGCUACACUGUUACAGUAGCAGGUGCCAUCUCGCUGUUGGCCACAGCUUGCAAUCUCUUACAAGAUCCGCCACCUCCGCCUGAAGGACCAUCGAGACAGAGGCUUGUCGAUGACUUUGAAGGUCUAGAAACUUUCUCUGUCGGAAUGAGGAACCUCCCUCCACCUCCACCUUAUACACCUUAAUUAGUAAAAUUUAUGAUUGAUACCAUUGAGUAUUAAAAUGUAAUUUGUUUAUUAAUAUUUUUGUUUAUUAUAAGCUACAGGUUUGUUAUGGAAUUGUACUUCAAAGGUUUUUGUUACUUCAACAUGCAUUUAAUUUGAUUAUAGUAAGCAAUAACGUGAAUAGUGUUUAUCUCUUAUAAAAAAAAAAAUAUAAAUGAAAGAAACAUCAAGAUAAUAUGCAAGCAAUCAAUAAAGAAAAUAGUGUUAGUUUUAAGAGUAGGAUCUUUAAUAUAUUAAAUUUAACAAAUUUUCAUUUUGAGGUAUCGCACUACUGAAGCAAAGAAGGAUCAUUAACAUACCAACUUCAUCCUUUAGCCUUAUUUGGCAGAAAGAAAAAGAAAAUGAAUGAAAGAAGACUUGCUAAAUUUCACUGCUGAUUUAAAAAUUUUGUUUGUUAAUUUUAUGAAAUGUUUAUGAUUAUACUGAAUGUAAAAAAAGGGGUAAUGUGACAAUUUUAGUUGUGAUAACUAUUUUUGAAUUUUAGAUUUGUCCUUAUACCAAUUAUUUUACACAUUUAAACAACAAACUCUCAUAAUUGAUAAUGUAUUCAAAAAAUUAACAAAAAAAGAAAUUAUGGAGAUGACACUAUUUCAUGUGAAUAUUAUGUUAAAUAAAUGAUAUGUUAAAAAAUCUGAAUACUUCAUUAAAUAUGCAUGUAUAGAAGGGCACAAAAAUUAUGCCAAGUAUUUAAAAAAUAAUAAAUAAAACAAUAAAAUACUGUACUGAAUAUUUAGGCAAUUUCAUGAGAUUUUUUGAAACCAAUUUAUUUUAAACCAAAGAAUGAAUGUUUGGAUGUGAUUAUUUAGUUAAGUUCAACCAGAUUAACUUUGAAUAGUAAAUCUUAAUCCCCUUUUACAAAAAUAACACAUCUAAGUUAAGCCUAUUCUGCAGGAGUGCACAAAAUGUGGCGUUUGGACGCUCCCCAAAAUCGUGUUAAUGCAAACAGCACUUUUCAAUGCAUUUGUAUAGAAAAACACGGAUCCAGUCUAGACGAGAGUUCCUAAAGUGUAAAAUGUCGGUGUUUGAUCAGCGUUAGUGCUUCUAACACUCGGAAUGUUAUUCAAUCUACAUGGACGUUCAUCUCGGUGAUUAAAACACAAUGUUAGUCUUCUAUUUCUUGAUUUAUAUGUGUAUUAUUUUAUUUAUUUAUUUUAAAGGUACAAAUUGGGUUUUACGCUCUCUUACAUGCACAUAUUUUAGAAAUAAAUUUAGUUUUAUAAACAUAGUAAAUAAUAAUGAGAGCAAUAAUAAUAA